GGAGAAGAAGCAAGCUGCAGCAUGAUGUAGAAUCAGCCAUAGCAUUGUAGGGGGUAGCUGUGAUUUGGAUGAAUAAAAAGCCAAAGAGCCUGCCUGGUUCUGUUUUGAUUCAAGCUGCUUCCAGGUUUGGUGCCUGGAUCGAGACCUCAGCAGUGGCAGCGACCACCAGCCAGCGAGCUCGUGUGCACCCUUGGCUCUUCAGCAGCAGAGAGGAAUUGUGCUGACAACUGGCAAUGAUCCUCCAUCGCAUCAGCACCCCCAUAACCACUGGAAAGAAUUGCUGAACUAGAGGCAGAAGCUGAUGUGAUUACAGUACCAUCCCUGCCAGAUGACCACAGACCAGCAAUCCAACACAGCAUCAGCCAAGAGAGAGAUGUGCCCAUCUACCUCCCAUCUGCAGAUGAGAGGAAUGACCUGUCUGUAGCUUCUUAGAGGGGAAUGACUUCCCUCAUUGCUUUUCUUUGUGCCUCCUUAGCUCAUCAGCAGGCUCAGCCAUCUCAGUGAGACCAUCCCCUGAUCCCCACUGGGCAUGUCAGAUUCCAAUACGUCUCAGACGUGCAAGGAUUAUACCUUCAACCACCACCUCCUCCUGCCUGGCUAUAUCCUGAUAUUCAUUACAGGCUUGAUACUGAACGUGGUAGCCCUAUGGAUAUUUGUCCGAUACCUGCGCCUGAAGUCUGUAGUCAUGAUCUACAUGUUCAACCUGGCCAUAAGCGACCUCACCUUCACACUCCCUCUGCCACUGCGACUCUACUACUAUUCCAACCACCACUGGCCCUUUGGCAGCACCCUGUGCCAGGUCUCUGGCUCUGUCUUCCAGAUCAACAUGUAUGGUAGCUGCCUCUUCCUCAUGUGCAUCAACCUGGAUCGCUACAUUGCCAUUGUUCAUCCACUUCGCUGGCGGCACCUGCGGCGUCCCAAGGUGGCCAAGCUCCUUUGCCUGAUCGUCUGGGUUGUGAUCUUCCUGGGUUCCAUCCCCACAGCCAUAGUCCACAAGCGCAACCAUUGUAAGGUACAGAACCAGAACCAGACCAUCUAUCUCUGCUUUGAAAGCUUUAGCGACAACAUAUGGCAGAAUAACCUCUUCCCUCUAGUAAUUCUGGCUGAAAUCUUGGGGUUUCUCCUGCCUCUCAGCUGUGUGACAUACUGCUCUAUUCGGAUCUUUCAGGAGCUAUGCCAGUCCAGCCAGCCAAAGACCCUGCGACAACGGAAGACUGUCCGUCUCCUCCUGGUCAAUCUGGUCAUCUUCAUCAUCUGCUUUGUGCCUUACAACACUAGCCUGGCAGUUUAUGGGAUGAUAAAGGCCCGGGUGAUUGAGGUUGAGAAAGAAACUCAGGCCUCGGUGCGCCAAGUGUUAAUUUUAACAAUGAUGAUGGCCAGCAUGAACUGCACGCUGGACCCCUUGAUCUACUACUUUAGUACUGAGGGUUUCCGUAACACCUUCAAGAAAUUACGGCGGGGACAAGCCUGGGACUCAGAGAUGGGGACGCUUAAGCAUCAGGUUGUGGAGAAUAAGUCAAUCCGAGACCACGCUGUCUCAAAAGUAAAACUGUUCCAAUCUGAAAACUUUGUCCAUCCCAAUGAAUCUUCACGGUCACUUCCUACAGCAGUAUUUUUGAAUGGCCCGAUUGAGGACUCAGAAGUUUAACCACAGAAAAGCCAUUGCAGAGUCAGCCAUGCAAUAACUACAACAAGCCUGUGGGAAACUGCUCAGGGUAACCUAGCAAACUGUUUGAGGGAGCAGAGCAGACUGUAAGUGGGUGAACGUGUUGAUGCAAAGCUAAAGGAUGAAAGGUUGUUUUGAAUAAACAGAGGUGCCUUGGUGACAUGGUCACAACUGAUUCUUUUGGUACAGGAAACAGUAGUGUGGAACAAGGACUUGAAACAAACCUAGUGUGUCUGGGGGCGGCCAGCAUAAAUUCCUAUAGCAAGUCCAUUCUGUCUGAGUACCAUCUGCUGCACUGUAGCUUGAAGCAGUUCUGGGGAUCAUCAGAACACAGAUACGGUACUCACUGCUGACAAAGUUUAUUUAGUAGCAAUGGCUGAGGGAAACUUUUGACUAGAUGUUUAAAUUUGAGUCAUAGGUCCAGCUCAGGGCACCUAAAUAAAUAUCUUAAUUUUCGCAAAGAAUUGAAGCAUUUAGCAACCCUUAUGGGGGUCAAGGAGAAUAGCUGAGUUUUCAGUACUCUUGCAGAAAAUAUGUUCCUAAUGGUAUAGAAAGUCACAGACCUUAGCAAAACAAUCUUCAGGAGAUACGUCAAAUGUGCUUGUGCAGCUGUACACACAUGCGGCACAAUGGCUAUACAUUUACCUAAAGCAAAAUGGCUUGGGAAAUACUAGCAUACUUAAAAAUAAAACCGACAUUCCUAAUGGCCCCAGAAAAGAGAGGAUACCAAUAUUGUUAUCAUGUCUGAAGCUCAUGUUGAUGUUAGUUCUUUGCACUCUCCUGUUGCUGGGCCCCUAUGUAGGAUGAUUGAUUUCAGGUCUGAGUAAUUUUCACUGUUGAAAAGAAAUUAUGUCACAGGAUCUGGCUAAUGUGAAAUAUAGUUUGUACUGUUUGCACAUGUUUUUUCAGCCUGCACUGUAUGUGAAAGCCCUAUAAAUCUCCCCAAAAGUGAGAGAUCCAGCUGUACACAGGCAGUGCCAGAGGCCUCAGUUAUUCACUCCUGCUAGUGACCAAGGGUUGCCUUUCCAAUUGCACUGCAAAACAGCCCCUCUGUGGCUUCCAGCAGGUUUCAGACUAUCCCAGAGUGGAUCCAUUAUAGUGGUUGGUUUGGGGUUUUUUUUAAUGUUAAGGGAAAGGUCAGGAAAAGUGACAAGAAAUGCAGUUCAAAGUCCUGGUUUUUAGAUGUCUAAAUAAGCAAUGAAUCUGUUUUCAAGUCUCUACCUCAUGACUGCUGUGGGAAUAAAUGUAUCGUAAGGCAUCAUGGGUUUGUGUUAGGAGAUACAGGGGUUUAAAUCCAUUUUUCCAGUCUCCCUUGAAAACCCUUAGAUGCAGGUCUUCAAGAAGACCUGUAGAAGAUGAUGAGCCUCUCCACAGAGACAUCCUUGUGUUACAGCCUGCCUUGGGGGACAUAUGCCCUUGGUAGGCCAGCUCUGUCCCCGUGCUCAGCCCAUGCACCACCAGCAGACCAACCCUGAAAUCUAUCUGCAGAUGAAGGACAUUUAAUGGUGCCUGAGAGAUGCAGGGAGAGAGAUGGAGGAGGGUUUGCAGGGCAAUAGGUAUUUCUAUUUUGAAAAUUCAGGACUGCCAUGUGAAUGUGAAUCAUUUGUGACACUGUGCAGCUGGAAAGGAAACAGAACUGUGUGCAUGUCUUCCGCUAGGGUCUGAUGCUACCCUUUUGUCCUGGGAUUUACAGGAUAGUGAAGUGAUAUUACAUCAGACGCACUCCUGUCCAUUUCCACAUCUUCCUCCACCUUCCUCCUUCCUAGACCCUUUUCCUUGUCCCUGUCCCUCUGGGCCUUUCUCCUUUCCCCAGAUCUAAUGCUCCAUGCACCUAAGCACCGACACAGUGCCUUCACACUGUGUUUUCUUCCCUGCCCAAAGAAGUUGAUUUUUUCUUUCUUUUUAACUUGGCUAAAGUAGUGUCAUAAAUUCACAGAUUUGGGUGGGAAGGGACAUCUCAAGACCUCUACCCCAACUCCCUGCUCACAGCAGGUUGUUGGGGGCAGUGAGGGCUGGCUGCUCCCUAAAGGAACACAACAGCUGAGGGCCAGGCAGAGGAAGAAGCUUAUCCAGCAAGGAGAAAGAACCUGAGCAAGUUCUGCAAGGCAGGCAUGGGCAGAUAGCUGGGUUCAACUGAGAAUCCAGAUCAUCAGACAAGCUUGUGGUGAUGAGGCAUGUCUAAGGUCAAAAUAAGAAGUCAUGUCAGCAUC